AUCGGACCAUGCAUUCAUAUUCCACAAACUACAUUAUUGUCUAAUUUUCAAUGCCAAUAUUGUCGCCUAGAAGACAUCAUCCGACACUUAAGUCUUCCAGGCUUCCAAGCCACUCCCAAGCGCCAUGACGGACUGGAACAAGUUCAAGGUUACAGACCUCAAGAAGGAGUGCACCUCGCGUGGUAUCCCUCUUACCGGUCUCAAACUCAAGCAGCAAUAUAUCGAUAAGCUUGUUGAAUACGAAGCAGAAAAUGUUGGCGAGGAGAAGGGCGCUGACUCUGCGGGUCAGGAAGAACAGAGUGAGGCACAUGCCAAUGGUGCAGUGGAAGAGCCUCCCUCUACGGCCGAUGACACAGAAAACGGCGAGAAAGAACGUGCUUCUACAGAGAACUGGAAGGAUACAGAGCAGCAACCUCCGCCCGACACUGCCCAGAUCGGCGGCGACAAUCAGGAGCCGCGUGACGAGCUUAUGGCCGAGGAUGUUAAGGCUGAUAUCGAGGAAAAGGACCAGACGGAAACGAAUGGCGAUAUAUCUUCCAGAGGCGAUGCUGAGAACGAGAAACUACCGGAGCUACAGGCGGGACAUAUUCGUGUCGAAGGAGACGAAAAGAGCCUUGAAGAGGAGGUGAAAGUCUCGGAACAGCCUCCCGCGCAGCCGGAACCGGGCAAAGCCGGAUCGCUCGUACCACAAUCGCCCAAUGUCGAAGCAAAGGUUGAGGCGACGAAACAGGAAUCAGCAGAGGCUGCAGAAAAUCUACCCACAGACGCCGGCGCCAAAGAAAGCACACAGGCAGCUCAAGAUUCCCCAAGUCGAGGAGCGGAGUUGGCUCAGUCCGACUCGAGCACGCCUCUUCCAGCUGGCGAAGUCGUUGAAGAUCAGAGACGGAGAAGAAAAAGAAGCGCUACUCCUGUGCCAACGUCUCAGGAAAUUGCGCGGAAGAAAGCGCGGCUGAGCAAUGAUGGGGAAGACUCGAAAGCCGAACAGAUUACAGCAUUAAAAGAAAUGCAAGCAGCCACUGAAAUCGCCAAAGAAAUUCGCAACGAGAAUGACGAAGCUAUCGUGGAAGGGGCAAAUGAACAAGCCGGCGCACCCACAGAGCCAGCACGCCGGCCCGAUAGUACCAGUCUUCCAGAUACCGUGCCAGCAGAGACACACCGCAGGGCACCUUCUCCACGACAGAGGUCACGCAGCCCUCCAGAAGAGCGUGAUGUCCCACCUGCGAUGCACUUAGCAACAUCGUCGUUAUACAUCCGCAACUUCAAACGCCCCCUUCAUAUUCCCUCUCUCCGCAGCCACCUCGUAUCACUAGCUAAAUCGAGCCACUCCUCCUCCGACUCCGAUCCCAUCAAGGUGUUCUAUCUCGACAGUAUCCGCACCCAUGCGUUCGUCUCGUUCUCUUCAGUGUCUGCGGCAUCACGCGUCCGCAUCGCCAUGCACGGCACUCGCUUUCCAGACGAAAGUAUGCGCGAGCCCCUGUUCGUUGACUACAUCCCUGACGACAAGGUGCAAAGCUGGAUCGACCAAGAGACAGGCGGUGGGCUUGGCGGAGGACGUGGCAGUGGCCGACGGUUCGAGGUCGCCUACGAAGAAGGUGAAAACGGCGUCGAGGCGAUGUUCCAGGAAGUGGACACGAGUAAGCCGCAACAGCGACCACCCGUGCAGCCGAGAAUGAGUUCGCGCAUGUCGAUCGAUAGGCCAGCGGCGGGCGGUAUGCAUCCUGACCGCACGGCUUUUGUCCCGAGAGAAUCGCCACGGAGUGACUAUCGAGAUCGCGAUCGUGGCCGCACUCCACCACCGACUGGUCCGAGGAGAUCAGAGACCAGCGGCCGCGGAUUUAAAGCUCUGGAUGAGCUCUUUGAGUCUACGACAGCGAAGCCAAAGUUGUACUACAAACCUGUUCCUGAGUCCGUCGCCAGUGAGAGACUUGGUAUGUUCCGGAACCUAAGGGUUGGGCACGCGGCGAUGGGGCGUAGUGGGGACGAGGGCAUGAAGAGGUACUCGUUUGAGCGGAACAAGAACAGGGAGGAAUGGGUAGAUAAAGGACCCGAGUUUGGCUUUGGUAAACGUGGGCAAGACCGACUGGUGGGAACUCGAGGCCGAGGAGGGUACAGAGGGCGAGGGGACUCGUGGCGUGGUGGGAGCGGAAGAUGAUCGAUCAGGAGAUCAUUUAAUCUUGAAACGCAGCGGAAGUGUACGAGUAUGAAAAGAGGAUCAUGCGCUGCCAUAUGAGUUUUAACACGUGUGAGGCGCUCUACAAAAGCACUCGCGCUUGAUGUAACAGAAGGCUUUGCAAAUGGAUCGCAAGAUACCCUCAGGACAUAAAAAGUCUAACGUCGAAGAUCAAAAUUGA